UCGACGGACAGUCGUCGUCAUCCAUGCAAUCGGCGGCCGCGGCGACGGCCGACCACCAGUCGAGCCAUCCGUCCAGCGGUGUCCAGAAGACGUGGAAUCAGAUCAAGUGGACGGCCUCUCACGUGAAGCCGCGAGUCGUCGCCAGAAUCAAUCACAACCAGAAUGAGGCCAAAGACAAGACUGAGAAACGGCUGCUCGACGAAUUGUAUAAAAUGUUUACCGAAACCGAGUCCUUCUACUACUCCCUGUCCGGUGAUCUGACAAAUUCAGUGCAAAGACAGCAACGACUGAGCGAUUCCGACAAAAAGUUGCCGCUCUGGAAGCGAGUGGACGACCGCUUCUUCUGGAACAAAGUCAUGUUGAAACCCAUCAUUGAGUGCGAGUCCACCGGUGCGGUCGACCCGUGGAUUCUGCCCAUCAUUCAGGGCUACGUCAAGAUCGAGACCUGUUUCCUGGAUCUGUGCGACGCGUCCAACAUCACCACCGAUUGCAAGUCCUUAGAGGACGUGCGGAUACCG